GGCGGCGGCGGGGAAGGCAGCGGCGCGGGGGGCCCGGGGCCGGGGCUCCGGGCGCACCUCGGGGCGCUGCUCCGCGCGCCGCCCCGCGCGCCGCUGCUGCUCUCUGUGCUCCUGCUCGGCACCUACUUUUUCUAUUGCCUGUCCGGCCCCUGCGCCGCCGCUCGCCCCCCGUCGCAGCCCGCCGCGCCCCCGGCCACCCGCACCCCGCAGCCGCCGUCCUGGGCGCCGCGGCCCGGACGGCUCCUCCCAGCAGCGGCAGCUGAGUCUGAGGCUCCCCCAGAGCCCGAGGUGGAGCGCGGCGGAGCUGGGGCUCUCCGAAGCCCCGGGACACCCGGCGGGGGUGGGCUGCCGCUGGCCAGCAGUUUCGGGAGCCGGCGCUUUCCGCAGGCGCUCAUCGUGGGCGUGAAGAAGGGCGGCACACGAGCCUUGCUGGAGUUUCUGAGGGUGCACCCCGACGUCCGAGCUCUCGGCGCCGAGCCCCACUUCUUCGACAGGUGCUACAACAAGGGUCUCGCCUGGUACAGGAGCCUGAUGCCCCGGACACUGGAUGGCCAGAUCACCAUGGAGAAGACGCCCAGCUAUUUUGUUACCAAGGAGGCCCCUCGGCGCAUCCACAACAUGUCCCAGGACACCAAACUGAUUGUGGUUGUGCGAAACCCUGUCACGCGGGCCAUUUCAGAUUACACUCAGACGCUGUCCAAGAACCCGUCCAUUCCUAGCUUCCAAGCACUGGCCUUCCGCAAUGGCAGCUCCGGGCUGGUGGAUACCGCAUGGAGCGCGGUGCGCAUCGGCAUCUACGCCAAACAUCUGGACAACUGGCUGCAGUAUUUCCCGCUCUCCCACUUCCUCUUUGUGAGCGGCGAGAGGCUGGUGAGUGACCCGGCCGGAGAGAUGGGCCGAGUGCAGGAUUUCCUGGGCCUGAAGAGGGUCGUGACAGACAAGCACUUCUAUUUCAACGAGACCAAAGGCUUCCCCUGCCUGAAGAAGCCAGAAGGCAGCAGCCGCCCUCGAUGCCUGGGCAAGUCCAAGGGCCGGCCUCAUCCCCACAUCGAGGAGCACGUGGUCCAGCGCCUGCGAGAGUUUUAUCGGCCCUUCAACCUUAAGUUCUACCAGAUGACUGGGCAGGACUUUGGCUGGGACUGACCCCGAUGCCGAGUACCCUGAUGGUAGUGGGGUGGAAUGGGGAGCCCCCCGACGAGGGGGUCACCGCCAAGGCCAGAGAAGAAAGGUCUCGGAAGAUACCCACCGAGGACUGGCCUGGGCUUGAGCCUAGCACCGGGCUUUGGAAAGUUUGACAAUGGUUCUAAUUUAUAUCUGCUCUCCUAAUAGAGAGCGAGCAAUUGUACACUUACUGAGUAGAGAGAGAUAUUUAAGAAAUAAAAACAGUCAGAUAAAUAUUCU